CACCCAUGCACACAGUUAGAAAGGGUCCAUGCAAUUGUGCACAUCCCACACUGGUUGGUUUAGAUAGGGUGCAGGCGACUUGCCACUUGCCCGGCCCUUGCUACGGGCGCGCCCACCCAGCAGCCAGCCCCGCAGGCCGAGGAGGAGGCCCCACACACACCCACCGAGCCGCGGCCGCCCGGGAGGCCCGCGCCACCCACGGUCCCGGGCCCAGCGCAGUCCGCGGGUGGCCGCCACCCAGACCAGUGUCCGAGGCCCCGCGCGCGCGCGCGCGCGCGCGCGCUCCCCGGGACGGCCGCGGCGCCUUUAACCCGGGCGGCGGGCAGGCGAGCGGGCGGGCGCUCGGAGGAGCUCUUUCUUUCUUCUUUUUUUUGAAUGAACGGUGACGUACGUACAGGAAACCAGGCGCUCCGGCGGAGAAUGAAGUAAGAGGCCGGGCCCCCCGCCCCGCGCCCGCCCUUUCCCUCCCCGGCCCGCCCUCCCGCCCUGCGUCCCGGUCCCCGCCGAGCCGCCGCCGCCGCCGCCGCCGCCACCACGGUGCACGGGCCCUCCCCAGCCGCGGCCGUCCCCGCCGAGCGGGCCGCCAGCGCCCCCCGGAGCGGAGGAGGAGAAAGGGUGCGCAGCCCGGAGGCGGGGUGCGCCGGCGGGGUGCAGCGGAAGAGGGGGCGGGAGGGGGGAACUUCGUAGCAGUCAUCCCUUUUUAGGAAAAAGAGCCCUCCCCCACCACCUCCUUCUCCCGUAGCGCACCACACACAGCGCGCGGGCUGCUCGCUCGGCACCGGCGGCCCCAGCGCGUCCACGCCUGCAUUUAUCCAAGCUGCUUUUUUUUUCCCUCCCCCCCACUCCCGCCUCGGAAAACGCAUUGGCCCUUCGGAGUUUAAUUAGAAGAGGAUUCCCGUCCCCGUCCCCCUCGCUCCUCCAUCGUCCCCCUUGCGCGUCUUUCUCCCGUGAUGGUCUGAAGCGGUCCGGUGGAAACGGGUCCAUGCCUUCGCUCCAGCGUGUGUGUGCGCGAGUGUAAAUUGCCGAGGAGGGGGUGAAAUCGCAGGACUUCUGCAAAUACUGCACCGAAAAUUGUAAUCCAUCUGCCGCCCCCGCUGCCUUUUUGCCCGCUGCGGUGCUCUUGAGAUCUCGGGUUGGGAUUCCUUCGGAUUGACAUUCUCGGCGAAGCCGGAGUGUGAGGACGCAAUCUGGAAACCCUCCUGAUUUUCACUCCACCUAGCCCCUACUCCCACAACUCCUGAUUCAUUGCAAGUUUCAAAGAAGCGUAUACAAGGAGUCUUCUGAAGAUCGAUGGUGUCGCUGCCUUAUGUAUUUGUUUGGGUUUUACCAAAAAAGGGGAAACUUGACAGAAGACCAUGCAGUCCUUAAAAAAUACACGCGUAACUUAUAGUGGAAUAUGCCCUUCUUCCCCUGGGAGCAUAAAGGAAAACACACCUGCUUUUAACUUGCUAGGUCGUCCUGCCUCCUCACCUUUCAGCAUUGCGGAGGAAGUAGACUGAUAUUCACAAAGCUUAAUAACUAAUGUGCCUCAUGCAAUAAAGAGCCGAAAGGAAUUUGAAUAAAAAUUUCCUGCAUCUCCUGCCAAGGGGGAAACACCAGAAUCAAGUGUUCCCGUGACUAAAACACCCCCUCAUCCAAGAAUGCAAAGCACAUCCAAUAAAAGAGCCGGAUUAUAACUAUUCCUUUUUUUUUUCUUUCGGGGCCGUGGGUCGGGAGUCGGGACGCGAAGUGCUGUUAGUACCUGCAGCUUUUUUUUUUUUUUUUUUUUUCGGGGAAGGAUGGCGCAAGCCGGGAGAACAGGGUAUGAUAACCGGGAGAUCGUGAUGAAGUAUAUCCAUUAUAAGCUGUCACAGAGGGGCUACGAGUGGGACGCAGGAGACGCGGACACCGCGCCCCUGGGGGCCGCCACCACCCCUGGCAUCUUCUCCUCCCAGCCUGAGAGCAACCCAACGCCCGCUGUGCACCGGGACACUGCUGCCAGGAUGUCGCCUCCAGGGCCCCUGGUCGCCACUGCUGGGCCUGUGCUCAGCCCUGUGCCACCUGUGGUCCACCUGACCCUCCGCCGGGCUGGGGAUGACUUCUCCCGGCGCUACCGUCGCGACUUCGCAGAGAUGUCCAGUCAGCUGCACCUGACGCCCUUCACCGCGAGAGGACGCUUUGCCACGGUGGUGGAGGAACUCUUCAGGGAUGGGGUGAACUGGGGGAGGAUUGUGGCCUUCUUUGAGUUCGGUGGGGUCAUGUGUGUGGAGAGCGUCAACAGGGAGAUGUCACCCCUGGUGGACAAUAUAGCCCUGUGGAUGACUGAGUACCUGAACGGGAAUCUUCACGCCUGGAUCCAGGAUAACGGAGGCUGGGACGCCUUUGUGGAACUCUAUGGUCCCAGCAUGCGGCCUCUGUUUGAUCUCUCCUGGCUGUCCCUGAAGACCCUGCUCAGCCUGGCCCUGGUGGGGGCCUGCAUCACUCUGGGUGCCUACCUGGGCCACAAGUGAGGUCCACGAACCUGCCCCAAACAAAUAUGCAAAUAUGCAAAAGGUUCACUAAAGCAGUAGAGAUAAUAUGCAUUACCAACUAUGUACCAUGAAACAAAGGUGUGAUCUUUUUGUAAAAGCAGAACACACACACACACACACACACACACACACACACAUGCACACAUUCAGGCAAACAGUCGAAUCAGCUAUUUACUGCCAAAGGGAAAUAUCAUUUAUUUUUUACAUUAUUUAGGAGGAAAAAAAUGAUUUAUUUAUUUAAGACAGCUCCAUUGAAACUCCAGGCUUUGAAGACCCUACCAGGAAUUGCCGAGAACCAUGGUGGCUCCACCUGCUGGCCUGUGCCUGUGAACACAGAUCUGUUUUCCGUAUUGACCGGACUGGCCCAGCAUCAAAAGAGCAAAUGGCACCGGACCCUGACUGCUGGGGAAGCCGGUUGUCUGGCUGCUGGGAUCUGUGGAGAAGGCUUCAAUGAAAUCUAUAUUCGCUGGCCCUGGGGACUGGGGAACUGGAGGAGGCAGGUGCCUCCUAGGAAGUCUGGUCUUCCUUGAACUGGAGAGGGGACUUUGUAUGUGACUCCCAUGGUACAUACCCAGCCAGAGGACAAAGGCUGGGAACUUCCAAUGGACUUGGUACCCGCUGAGACUUCCCCACUGAAGGACAGUGAUGGGAAAAUGCCCUUAAACCACAGGAAAUUAUUUUUUUAAGCUACCAAUUGUGCCGAGAAGCGUUUUAGCAGUUUAUACAGUAUCAUCCAGUACCUUAAGCCCUGAUUGUAGAUAUGCAUAUAUUUUGGAUACACCCCAUCCUUCCUCCAAUACUCAUCUGUCUGAGUAGGAAACAGAGGCUUCUGGAUUUGAGGAAGUGGACGUGUGGUGACUUCUUCAUCGUCAGGAAGAAUGGGGUCACCCAGAGCUUCGGGCAGCUACAAGUGCCUGCUUUCAGGAGACCAUCAUCUGCAGAACCUCCCUGCAGCUUGGCCACAAGGCCUCAGCCUGGCCAAGCGUGGCCCUCACCAGCCUACACACGGGGCUCAGAACAGAGCAGUUGGUCUCUGAAUGUCUGGAAGCCGGCAGAGCUCAGACUUGCACAGUAAGAAGGAGCAAUAGUGAGACUCGCUGCCCUCCAGGCAGGCCUGCUCCCCUCACGCCCUCCAGGCAGGCCUGCUUUGUCUGGAGCGGGAGAGACACCUUUCCUAAGACACUUGCUCCUGCAAAGAAGAGAAAGCAGGCUCAGUGCUUGUCCUGCCAGAGGGCGUGGUAAGGGCAGGGACAACACCCCCCCCACACACACAAAAGCCUGUGGCCCUCCAGGCAGCCAUGAGCACCUGUUAGCAGUGGUCUGUCACGUUUAAGGCAGGGCUUUAAGUUACCUUGGGGAGGGUCAUAAGUCCUAAGGAAGCCCUGAAGCGAGGUUCAAGGAUUCAAUGACCCACGUCUAUGGAAUCACAUAUAAACAUCAUCUUGUUGUAGCUCGGUUUUAUUUGAAAACCUGACAGAGGGAAUAAAAGGCUUCAGGUAUGUAUGGAGUGUGGAGAUUACCCAUACAUCCUGGAGCCAAAAAAAAAAAAAGGAAAUUUAUAGAGGAAUAAGAAAAGAAGUAAAAUAUCCAGCUAAUGAAAGGGGAAACUCUUCUUCCCAAGUUUAGAAUUAGCAUGGAGACAUUUGUGGAGUAACUUCGUGGCAUUAUCACGCUCUGUUCCAUUCAUCUGUGUUAACUUUGGAAUGUAACAUUCAGUGUUUAUUACUGUGGUUGAUAUUUCAAAAGCUGCUUUCAAAAAGAAUACAUGCAUCUCAGCGUUUUUUAAAAAAUUGUAUUUAGUUUUGACCUCCAGAGUUUUUGUUAGUAACACAAACAAAAAAGAUAAUUUUUCCGUUUGAGAUAUUUGUCUCUUGAUUCCUCAAAAGCAUUUCUGAAAACGUGGGGAAAGCCUGAAAGAGAUGAGGGGGGCUGAGAGAACCUGGGUUUCAUUGCCCCCUCAGCUGUGUUGCUUGAACUCACUUCUCUGCCUGGAUACACCCCACCCCCACUCCACGGGAUUGCUUAUUGUGAUAGAUAUAGCUGUUGUUCAUUUGACCUUGUUUCUUCAAGGUUUAAUUGUCCCCCGACGAUUCAGCAUUUAACUCAAGUUACUUAGGAUUACAUGCAUGUUUGGAUAAACCCAUGAGGUUCAUUCUGUUGGAAAUCCAGAUGGGAAACAAGGCAAAGGGUUAGAAUCUGGCUAUGGUGGUUGGGCCUUCAGAGAGUUGCUUUGUAGAUGCAUCAGGAGCCCUCUUGCCCCCCUCCUCUGGGCCUGCAAGAGCAGGAUAGCCAGACCUCCCAGUAGGUUUCAGAGAACAGUAUGAGCAGAACUUUUCAAGUUAUUCUAACUUUUAAGCAAAAUGUUAUCCUAUGAAAGGUUUACAUUCUCCACGUGAUGAAUAUGGAAUAACAAACCCUGUGCUGCUAUCCCGCCAAGAUAAUUGCAAUGGAGUCAGUUUGCAGUAAGCGCCAAGUGGCGGGCUCCUUCAAGCUGCUUUUAGAAGUAACGAUGAAGAACAUAGACAAUUUAAAUAUAAAACCUGUUUCUCUUUUGUUUUUGUUGUUAUUGUUCAAACUGGGAUUUGUAGAGUAUUUGAAAAAAUGUAUAUAUAUAUAUAUGAGGAAGAAGAAAAGAAGAAGAAGAAGAAGAAGAAGAAGAAGAAGAAGAAGAAGAAGAAGAAGAAGAAGAAGAAGAAGAAGAAGAAGAAGGUGGUCAUAGGAUUCCUUCAGGUGUGGGGUUUUGUUUCUGAUUUGAAUGGCAAAUUCGCCAGUCACUGGACCCAGAACUGGACAGUAUUGUGGCAGCACUUGCUCUAAGAGUAGUCGAUUGUUCGUUUUUCUUGUUAAAAACAUGUUAGGUGCAAAGAGUAUAUAGAGAAGCCUUGACUAACCUUUUUCUUCCUCCUCGUUAAAAAACAGUCUCUAUUAUUUUACAGUCAGGCAACAGAGAGCUGUCCCCAUACAUUUCAUAUUAAGAAGGGUUUCACACCCGAAUUUCAAUUCCUCCAUAAGCUUUGGAAUCUUCUCUGCGUCAGUCAAAAGCAUCAGAGACAGCUGACGAGGGGAAGAGCACCCCAGCUCCUCCCAGGGCUCUGCUGCUCACCCUGGCAAUCUGAAAGAGAGAUUAAAAAAAAAUGGGAGACGUUCAUCUCCAGGGAUUUCUUAGGGGCUGACCACGUGUGCAGGUUUGAGAUUUCUACAGCAGCCACAGUUAAGGAGGCACGUUCAUGUAGUUCAAAGAAAACCCUCCAUCUUGCCCGGCUUGCUUGUCUCUGCAUGUUCGGGUGUGGCCUUCAUUCAUACACACAUUUUUUUCACUGGCAUAUACUUUUAUUUAUUACAUCUAAAAGCCUCACUGUGUCUGGGGGGGAGGGGGAAGGGGAAGCAGGGUUUACAAAGUGCUUAUAAACUCAGAAGGGUUACAUAAUCAGGACUGAAUGUCGGUAGUGGGUUCAUUAUCCACAUGCCUAGCUUCCACACUUAAUAGCAUAGGCAGAAUUGGGAAUAGUCUGUAUUUGUAAUCAAACCUAGACUAAAAAAACUCAUAAAUGUGAGCCUCAACUCUAACUGUGCUUUCAAGGUGGCGGUGUCUUUAUACUUCCUUAUCACCUAUGGUCAGAAAUGUGCACCUAACCUAUCAGGAAAAAAUAACAGGAAAGGGUUGAAAUAUAAGCCAGCCUAUGGAAAUGAGGGAGCUGCUAAAGUUCUAUUCUGAUUCUUAUUCUAUGGUGUCUAUUGCAGCUCAGACAAAUAUGGUUACACACUUUUUAAGAAAUACAAUUCUACAUUGUCAGGCCCAUGAAGGCUCUAAUCAGAUCUGUAUUGUUGCCCAAUUUGGAUCUUUCAGGGAUUUUUCUAUGCCAUUAGUAUAGGGACAAAGGACAUUUGUUAUGAGGCGGGAGAGAGGAAGAAUCUUAAAUGAGUACAACAUUCUCCACAUUGGACCAGGGUAUGAAGGUCUUUAGCAAAAUCAGAACUGUGGGUAAUGAGGGACUCUUUUGGGGCUCGAUGUUACGUUCCUCUGAAGGCUUUUUGCAAGUAAACUCUAUGGUACAUUUAGAUUCCAGGGACACUGACAGAGUUCGAAGUCUGGCUUCAUACAAUAGCAUAUGUUUCAAGUUGGUUAUGGCUAAUGAGUGUUUAAGCAGUAAGUUUGACAUUUUAACCAACGGGAUAUUUAAACAACAACCUUCCAGUUGGUAAAGACAUCUGUUUCUCAAUGUUUAUUAUACACAGUGUAGAAAAAAAAAUAGGUAAGAUUGAAUUAAGUAAAACAGUGAGAGUGACUUAGGUAAACGAAUGUAGCCGUCCCUUAACCUUACCCAGGGAGUCCUCCAGUCCUCUACAGACACCUCCGUGUUGUGCAUCUCACCAGGCACAAAGAAAAGCAGGUGAAGGGCAGAUGGUACCUUAGCGUCUCAUCAUGGAUAUCCAAGAAAAAGAGCCCAAAGCCAGUGUUUGGUGCCCCAAGUUCAGAGCAGGAGACAGAACAAGUCGUGGAAGAUGGAAAAGCCAGCUCAUCAGGAAUCCUGGGAAUGCCACUGUGCCACGCGGCUAUGCCACCACGCCUGCACCUUCCCACUUGGCCCUCCAGCUGGCCCACAUCUUUAAGUUCUUCCCUCCGAGAUAACAUCUGAAGGACUGAUGGCAUAUUCAGGCUCCUUUAAGAGACACUUUCCUUUGGGGGGGGGGAGUUGUUUAUUAUAAUAUCUUCUUAAGUUUUCAACUAAAGUUUGCUUUGGCUUCAGUUAUAUUGGGGUUAUUUUUUAAAUAAAGUAAUGUACAAAUAAGUGUUUUUUGUAUUGAAAGCUUUGUUAUCAAGAUUUUCAUACUUUUAUCCAUGGCUGCUUUUAAGGUUGAUACUUUUAGGUGUGGCUGAUCCCUACAGCACUGUACAUACAAAAAUAUAUAUAAGUGUACUUUGCAUAGUUAAGGUAAAGUAAGUCUCAAGUUGGCUACCAUUAAAUAUACUGGCACUUGGUUUGUGUUGUUGGAAAACAUUACAUUGCCAUUAAACUCCCCAUGUCUGUCUAAAGAAAAAUAAAGUGCAGCGUGCAGCA